CUAAAACAACACAUCAACAAGCAAUUCUUAAGUUCUUCAAAACAUAGUUUGAUUUCUAACCGUCUGUAAUAUUACUUGCUCAAUCUCAAUCCCAAAAUCAUGGAUAACUCCCAGAACUUGAGCUACCAAGCUGGCCAAACCAAGGGCCAAGCCCAGGAAAAGGGUAACCAGAUGAUGGAUAAGGCUGCCAACGCUGCACAGUCUGCCAAGGAAACAAUGCAGCAGGCGGGACAGCAAAUGCAGGCCAAGGCGCAAGGUGCAACUGAGGCAGUUAAAAAUGCCACUGGCAUGAACAAAUGAAAUCCUAUUUUCAACCAAACGGGCUCUUUUUCCCCUUCAAAACUUUGAAGUUUUUGUUUUUCUCUUUCAAAUUAGGAAAGCAACUUUUGUUGCUUAGGAUUGACUAUUGUUGAGAGUCUUCUUGUUUUUGAAUUAAAGAAGAAGUUGUGUAUAGGUUACAUUGUCACAACUCUCUUUCUUCUAUAUUUCCCUCUAAUAAUAAUAAAUUACUAUUGUUUGGUUCUA